AUCUUAGUGGAUUCAUGGUAACUGCGAAGCAAAAAAAGUCCAACAAAGAAAAUGCUCUCCUCCACAUAUAGGAGAGUUGAAGUCCACUUUCUUCCAUUGUCUCCGACUUCGAGGUUUUUCUCCAGCUAGCUUGGACAACUAUUAAGAAGAUUCAUGACUUUUUGCUCAUCUUGUUGGCCAAAGAACGCCCAAAUAAUCAUCUGCUGAUAUGGGUGUUUGCUUUGGAGCUCUCUCUCGUGAACCUCAUCCUGCCCCCGAGUCAACAACCACUCCAGUGGCACCAAGUAACGACAGCAAGAACAUAGGAUCGUCGGCAUCGGCAACAAGCAGCAGCAGCACCGGGAAGAGUCAAUUUUCAGAGGGAGCUGGUGUAAGCGUGGACGAGGUAUACCCUGAUGGGGAAAUCUUGGAGACACCCAACUUGAAAGAAUUCAGCUUUGCGGAUUUGAAGACUGCCACUAGGAAUUUCAAGACGGAUAGUUUGUUGGGUGAGGGAGGGUUUGGGAAAGUUUUCAAGGGUUGGAUGGAUGAGAAGACGCUUACACCUUCUAAGGUCGGCACUGGAAUGGUAGUUGCCAUCAAGAAAUUGAACCCAGAAAGUGUGCAAGGUUUCCAAGAGUGGCAGUCAGAAGUAAAUUUUUUAGGAAGGCUAUCUCAUCCCAACUUGGUGAGGCUUUUGGGAUACUGUUGGGAGGAUAAAGAGCUGCUCCUUGUGUACGAGUACCUGCAGAGGGGAAGCUUGGAGAAUCAUCUUUUUCGAAGGAAUCCAAACAUUGAACCGCUUUCUUGGGACAUACGACUGAAAAUAGCUAUUGGAGCAGCUCGUGGCCUGGCUUUCUUGCACACUUCAGAAAAGAAAGUCAUAUACAGAGAUUUUAAGGCCUCAAAUAUACUGCUUGAUGGGAUGUACAAUGCAAAAAUCUCAGAUUUUGGGUUGGCAAAAUUGGGGCCUUCUGGUGGUGACACACAUGUGACAACCAGGGUUAUGGGCACAUAUGGUUACGCUGCCCCGGAAUAUAUUGCAACAGGUCAUUUGUACGUGAAGAGUGAUGUGUAUGGCUUUGGCGUAGUGCUGCUUGAACUGCUAACAGGCCUUCGGGCACUUGAUACAAAAAGGCCUAACGGACAGCAAACUCUGGUGGAGUGGCGUAAGCCAUGUCUUUCUAGCAAGGCAAAGCUGAAAACCAUCAUGGACACGCGGAUGGAGGGCCAGUAUUCAUCCAAGGCUGCGAUGGAGGCAGCGAAACUGACUCUAAAAUGCCUAGCGUUUGAUCCUAAAAGCCGACCUUCCAUGAAAGAAGUUGUGGAGGUAUUGGAAGGGAUUGAAGCAAUGAAUAAGCAAAAACCAAAAGAAUCCAAAAUAAAAUCUGCUACUACAGCUCAUCGCCAUCGCCAUGGCCAACAACCUACUCAUCAUCGUUCUCCAUUUCACACCGGGCACCAUGCUGCUGAGUGCUGACAUUUGAAGUAAUCUGGUUUGAUUUGUUCGAUUCAUUUUUGUUUAAUUUUUUUUUUUUUUUUUUUUUUUUGUCUACGUAUCUCUUUGGAUUCAUUACAAAUUUUGUUGUUGUCCCUCACCAUUUCUGCUCAAUGGGAUGAGUGCGUUGUAAUAGUCCAAUGUAAUCAUGAAUAGAGUGAAAAAUGUCCUAGCUAGGGUAUUUUAACUGGUUUUUCAAUUAUUUUUAUUCUGCUUAA